AUGUCGGAAGAUAAAAUCCAAGCUAUUAAAUGUAAACUUACAAGUGACAACUAUACUUAUUGGUCCAGUGUUAUGAGAAAUUUUCUUCUUGGUCGAAAAAAAUGGGGAUAUGUUUCCGGCUCUAUUCCCCGUCCAUCGGAUCCUAAACAAGAAGAAUAUCUGCCUUCCUGUGACACUUGGGAUUGUGAUAAUGCUCAAGUUUUGACCUGGUUCCAUAACUCUGUGGAUGACCGUAUCGGGAUGAUGUUCUCUAAAUAUAGCACUGCCAAAGAGGUGUGGGAUUACUUGCAAAGUGUUUAUCACCAGUCGAACUUUGCCAAACGGUAUGAGUUAGAAACAACUAUUCAGGGAGCUCGUCAGCGGGAUCUGUCUAUUCAAGAUUUCUACAUUGAGAUGACAGGUCUCUGGGAUCAGUUGGUCCUCAUGGAACCAUCUAGCCUCAAGACACUAGACGUUUAUGUUGAGUUUCGAAAGCAAGGUCGUUUAGUGCAGUUCUUAACAGCUCUCUCCCCUCAGUAUGAGGCGAUCCGUAGUGGCAUCCUUCACCAUUCUCCUCUUCCCUCUGUGGAUGCUAUUGUUCGCGAGCUCCUCUCCGAAGAAACCCGUCUUAAGACGGCCAGUCAGACUCUGUCUCCAUCUGUCUUCUUGGCUCCUACUUCGUCUCCUCUGCUGUCGAACCCCCUACCUCAUCAGCCUCAGACUAAUGCAAAGCCCAAGAAGGGGCCACUAGCAUUUGAUGAGUGUGCUUUCUGCCAUCAGAAGGGCCAUUGGAAGUACAAUUGUCCCAAGAAGGGCCGUUUGCUUGGGUCCUCUUCAGGUAUUCCUUUCUCUGUCUGGCUUUUUGACUUUGGUGCCUCUCAUCAUAUGACUCCUUACCUUUCCUUACUCCAAAAUUGUAUCCCCCUUCCCUUUCCUAUUACUAUCAAUACUGCUAAUGGGUCUGGUAUGUCUGUCUUAUCUAUUGAGUCUGUUUUACCCUCUGCUAUGUUUGCUGUUACUAUUCCCUCUGUUCUUUAUGUUCCUCAAUUGUCUGUUAGCUUGCUUUCUAUCAGUCAAUUUGAUGCUUCUGGUUUUGAUGUUAUCUUUUCUUCUUCUAUCUGUUGUGUACAGGAUCGGGUGUCCAAGAAGCAGAUUGGAACCGGCCGUAGAGUUGGAGAUCUCUAUCUUCCCCCUCUCACUGCUCCCGUUUCCAAAGCGGAUUUGGUUCACAUUGACCCAUUUCCUUCCGAGGUCUUGUCUGAUGCGUACAUCUCCACUGUUUCCCCUGAGCUUGUCCCAUCUUCUCCUCCUACACCUCUGGCUGCUUCUCCUCUUUCGGCUCAUUCUCCUCCUCCGUUCCAUCUCACUGAGGAGGUUUAUAUGCGUCCUCCCCCUAGCCUUCACCAUCCCUCUGGUCAGGCUAAGUAUGCUAAUGAAGUCAUUCAUCGUGCUAGUCUUACUGAUACUGAGGUUUCUGAUACACCUAUUGAGCUUAAUGUAAAGCUUAACUCUACUGAUGGUGUUCCUCUGUAUGAUCCCACUUUAUAUCGCGAGCUUAUGGGUUGUUUAGUUUAUCUGACUGUCACUCGCCCUAAUCUUGCCUAUGCCGUUCAUGUGAAAUACAGGAAAUCUUACAGUGGUAAGACUACAACGCUCAUUGUUUAUGUGGAUGACAUAGUUCUUACAGGUGAUAAUAGUAAGGAAAUACUUCUGUUGAAGAAAUAUUUAGAAACUGGAAUGCUUGGCUGCAAGGCCUGUGACACUCCACUGGAACCCAAUCAAAAACUGGGGGAUGAUGGAGUAAUAGCUGUUGAUAGGGGGAGCUAUCAGCGAUUAGUGGGUAAGUUCAUCUACCUAUCUCAAUCCCGUCCUGAUAUUGUUGUUGCUGUCAGUGUAGUCAGCCAGUUUAUGCAUGCUCCUCAUCAGAUUCACUUCGAGACUAUCAUAAGAAUUUUGAGGUACUUGAAGUCUGCUCCUGGUAUUGAUCAGACGGACACCAUGCAGUUAUACUGUGAUAAUAAGGCCGCCAUCAACAUCGCUCACAAUCCGGUUCGACAUGACAGGACAGAGCAUAUUGAGAUUGAUUGCCACUUCACUAAGGAGAAACUCACUAGUAGCACAUAUGUAUUCUGUUUGUACAAUCUGGUGAACAACUCGCUGACAUCCUCACCAAGGGAGUUGGGAGUAAGCCAUUGCAUGACAUCCUAG